AUGAAGCGCAGCAGCAACGGUGACGCGGCAGAUGCUCACCACCCCGCCCUGGCGUUUCACCGCGAAGUUCUGAUCAUCCAGCAGUGGACCAAGAUACGCCGCGAGUUUCUGCAGGCACUGGAGGCCGUGGCCGCAAGCCGAGUGGUGCAGUGGAGAGAGCCACGCAAGCUGUGGCGCCACGCCCAGGAGGCGCUCGGCAAGUGGAUCCUCUCCCAAGUAGCGCGCGUGCAUCUACCGGCCCGGGAUGAACCGCAUAACGGCCCAAGUCAGGGCACAACCUCUGCGGCGCACCUCCGCGAGGCCGAGAUCCGCUUCUUCCCUUCGGCAGACCAGCUGCGGCAUGCCAUGGCCAACGCGGGAGGUGCGCACGCGUCUUCCGCUGCGGCGACCGGUUGCAGCGCCAUCAAAGGCAAGCAAGAGCUGCGCACCUACGAUGAACAGUUGGUGCGGGACUUGUCCAUCAAGUCCAACGGCACAUACGACUCGGCUGCCGUAGCCGCGCUGGUGCAGCUGGUGAAGAAUUUCUCCCUUGCCAAGCGUUGCGUCGCCGCUGCCGAGGCCAUCGAGGCUGACAUGCAAGGUGUCACGCCGACCCAGGCACUGAAGCCCCGUAUUCGCCGCCUCGAAGCCGAUGACCCGCAGCGCACCCCUCAGCAGCAGCGCAUCGCCGGCCCCAUCGCGGAGGUGUCGGUGCAGUGGCCGCGUCACUGGCGUCGAGAGCGGUGCCGCGACUGCCCGCCGGUAUCGCUGCCAUGGGCGGCAAUGGAGAAACUGCAGAUGUGCUACGACUUCUUCUCCGAGGCAUCCGAGCAGGCGCGCUACGACAAAGGCGUAUUCUCUGCAGACGCGCGUCAGCUCCGCUUCCAGCUGCGUGCCGCCACCGUCAUCCUCCGCUACGAAAGUGGUCUCGCGACAGGAAGCCUGCAGCUCUGCGCCGACACGCGACUGAAGCAGCAUCUGCACGCGGCAGGCUACCACGUCAUGGACCUCUGUGCGUCGCCCAUCAACGCAUACAUGAAGAUGCCGCAGCCCGGCACGUUCAAGGGUCCCGCAUCCGACAGCGAUGGCGCCGUGGCCGCGGAGGUGCCAAAUUACUUCUGCUCUGCCUUCUACGACACGGAUCAGUACUUUGGCAGCAUAGGCAGCGCCGUCGCUGCCGAUCCGCAGCGCAUCUACAGGGACGCGGUAAUCAAUCCUGAUGGCAAGCCGCUGCUUCUCACGCUGGACGUGCCAUACGACGAAGAUCUAUGCGAGCUGCUCUUUCAGAAGCUCGUGCGCGACAUGCGCAGCGCAACGACGAGCACCGGAACAGCAGCAGCGGUGGUGGACUACGUCUUGGUGAUCCCGUUGUGGUGGGAUAUUCGCUUGAAGAUCGAGAAACACCUUUUUGGCGGCACCGGUGGGGUGACGAAGUCGUCGUCGUCGUCAUCCCCUUCUGCAGGCCCCCUCGAUGUCGCGCAGGUUGUGCAGAGACGGGCGGCGAUGCUUCAAGAGGGGUACCCCGUCCCAUAUAGUUGGCCAGAAGCGCUCGCCGCGGCGGCAGGUGAUGCGCGCACUGCCACGGCGGCGGCGGCGUCGGACACGUGGGUGUGCUUUGACGGCGUCUUCAUCGACGAUGACUACGGCUACUUCUGCACCACGACGAACAAGUGGCUCCACGGGGUGACAGCGACGGAGGUGAUUGGGCUGGGCCAACCUCGCGCGUCACCUCAGCUAAGGCGGGCGUUGGAUUCGUUCUAUGUUGUGCCCGCGGCCUCUCCGCCUUCCAGGUGA